AUGGAGGCGAUGGUGCGGAAGGUGCAGCAGAGGGUGAGGAAGGCACGGGAGGAGACGGAUCGGUGGGACAACCUCAACUCCCGCCUCCUCUCCCAGUUCUCCAACGCCACGACCAUCAUCACCCGCCUUCCGGUACUUGGAGAUGCUAAAAACUAUGGUGUCCUGCGGUGUGUACCCAGCAUCAGGGAGGAUCUCUUGGGGAAGCAGAUGGAGAGCCUGGAGCUCAUCUUUGUUUUGAUGAGGGAAACUUUGGAGGAGUUCAGUGGCAUUGCCAAAGGUUUGAGCAAAGUGUUGCGUGAUACUAAUCAGAUGGUGAGGGGUGGAUCCACACUCAGUGCAAAACAGUUGCAGUUACAAGUGGGAGUUUUGCCAACUAUCGCAGACUGCUUGGAUGGGCUACGAACGCUGUCAGAUAUGCACCAGGCUGAGUAUGCGCUAAAAUCAUCAAUCAUCUCUUUGUUGACAUGGACAAGCAGUUCAAGUGAUAUCGCUGCAAUGCGCCAACUCUUGGUAGACCAACCGAACAUACCAAAAGAUGAAGGUAAGAAACGGAACAAUAGUACUGAAAAUAUGGUUUUUACUAAUGGUUUGAUCUAA